GCACCUGCUAGAUAAAAUCCUUCAGGUCAGUCGGCCCAUGUCUGGACUCCAAAGGUAGAAAGGCCAUUUGGCAUUUCUCUAGUACUCCCAGUGGCCUCAAUUUGAAAGUGCUAGGACAAAAAAGUGGGUAACGAGAAAGAGGGAAGACAUGCGGGAAAGGUCAUCAGGCCGGGAUUCAAACCUGGCAGCGUCGAGGACUAAGGCCUCCUUACGUUGGUUGUGCUUGACCCCUGCGCCACCACAGCACCUCCAUGUGCAUUUAUUUUAACGGGAAACCUUGUUCUACUACAUAGAAACUAAGAUGGACUUAAGCUGGCAGCAAAAAAAGUUGUAGUUUUUAAAUCCAAAACUUCAUAAGGACAAGAGCAAACCUGCAAAUUCACUUGCAGCAUUUGUUUAUUUUCAUUUAACAUUAAAGGGGGGUGCACCGUUCCUGGAGGUACUGCAAUACCAGGUCGAUGCGUGGAGUGGACGGAGCAAGCCCCUAUUCCAUCUCCCUGUUCCAAAAAUCAAUUUAAUAUAUGGUCCCCGGGUAGGGGACGUAUCAGAUAUUAAACUGAUAAGAACAGAUACUACACUUGAUCUUAGCCAAAAGGCCGAGAAGCGAUACCACAUAACUGGGGAGGAGACCAUAUAAAUCUGAUCCACCCCAUUCCGACUCACAGUUUAGAAACUUUAAAAUUUUAUCACUCACAAAACAAGUAGCGUGAAUAGAAAUUGUUGUUUGUAAAUCGCUGAUGUUGGUUUGGAGUGGAAAAUAAAGAUGAAUGAGCCAAAUCAAACUAAAAGCUUGCGUGAAAAAGAAACCGAUUUGCUUUGUUUCUGGUCACAUGACAUGCUUAUAGCCAAUAGAAAGCCUGAAGGUUGAAAGUCGUUUAAAGUAAAGCACUCUCCUUGCUUACACAGAAGUUUAAACAUUAGCAUAGCUGUUAUACCCAAUGGCUACUAUUCAAGCCAUUGGAUUUACAUUUGAAUACAUUGAAUACAGCUGUAUGGUUGAAAUUAAUGAAGCCUUUCACGGCUUUUGGCUCUACAUAAUGAGCUUACAGCGGUCUCUAGUGGAGAGUGAGAGCCUGUUCAGCACAAACUAAACAUUGAGUUUUCUUGAGUAAGUUUACACAUAAAAUGAUACAAGAAAAUAUUCUUGCUACUUUUAAUUUAUUGUUUAGGGGCACAGUCAGGCCUUCAGAUGCACACAUACAAAUACAAUUAUUUAAAAAAAUGAAAAAUUCAUGAAAGGAAGUGGAACUUUUGGGCAUCACAGUUGAUGCAGGUGCUCAUGCGCCAUAUUUUAGGGCGACAGUUUCAAAGGCAGUUAAAAUUAAACUUAAAGGGAAAAAAAGGCUGUUUUGUUCGUUUCAAAAAAAUCUUCUGGACUGCUCUGUUGUGUGUAGUGGAUUUUCCCUUGCUUAUGUUUUAUAUGGUAUGCAAAUGCUUGAAGUUCUCAGUGGUUUCUUUGUGUUUCCUAGCAUCCCGCCACGUUCUUGACUUCCCUCAGUAUGUCUGUCCCAACAAGGAGGUUCGAUCGGCGAGCACAGAGGCAGACAAGAAACUAUCUGAAUUUGACGUGGAGAUUAGCAUGAGGGAAUACGUGUUCAAGCGUAUGAUGGCCUUGCAGAAAAAGUUUCAAGACAAUCCUUCAACUGAAGAAAAGAGAUUCUUAGACAGACUGGUUACACUGGGCCAGAGGAAAGGACUGCAUCUGUCUAAAGAGAUACAGCAGGAAGUAAAAAAAACCUCCAAGCUUAUCAGUGACCUCUCCAUAGAAUUCAACAGGAAUCUGAAUGAGGACAAUACAUUUCUUGUUUUUUCCGAGCAUGAACUGGGAGGCCUCGCUGAAAUCUAUCUCAAUGGUCUGGAGAGGACAGCAGAGGGGAAGUACAAGGUGACGCUGGAAUAUCCCCACUACCACCCCCUGAUGAAGAGGUGCCACAAUCCUGAGACCCGGAGGAAGAUGGAAACAGCUUUCCACAGCAGGUGUAAACAGGUGAACACGGCGAUUCUUGAACAGCUAAUCCAACUAAGGGCAAAGGUGGCAGACUUACUUGGUUACAGCAGCCAUGCAAACUAUGUGCUGGAGAUUAACAUGGCUAAACACGCAGGCAAUGUGUCCGGCUUUAUAGGUACGAGCCUUCUGAUACCUCGACCUCACACAAAUACAUAUGCCGUAAUUUAUGUGGCAUGUAGGCUGCCAAGAGCGUGCCACAGUACAUGUCUUACAGUUGUGUUACUUGUGUUAGAAAUCGAAAUGCGUGUGUGUGUAACUUGUAUUUAAAACCUUGUGGGGACCAUUUUCUGGACACAUUGAGACGUUGUGGGGACCCACAGCUCCUUGUGGUCCCCCCAAGGGGAAUUGCUGUUUUGGGGAUAGGGGUUACAUUUAGGACUAAGGUGUGAAUUGAGUUUUGGUUAGAUAUGUAAUGGUUAGGUUUAGGGGUCAGAGGUGGUUUAGUGUCACAAUCACGUCCCCCUGAAUUGGUGCAUUGACCAAAACAGUUUGGUGUAGGGAGUCAAAGGCAAGGCACCGGUCAACGCAUGUCAUUCUAAUGCAGGGGUCACCAACCUUUUUGAGACUGGGAGCUACUUCACGGGUACAGAGUAACACGAAGGGCUACUUGUUUGAUACAUACAUAAAUUUUCUUGGCUCAGCCUUUAUAACAAUAAUACAUAUACAUAUAUAUAAUUACAUGCGGUCUAAUCAUAUUAAUGUUAGGGACUACUCACAUAGUUAUCAGUAAGGGCAGCUAUGGUUAAUUGCUUUUAUGUGACCAGAAGUUCUUAGUUCAUAGUUUAAAGUUUGAUUCCCUUUGGAGCUUUUCUGUGUGAUUCUAAAUUGCCUACAAGUGACUGAGAGUUUGGAUUAUUCCAGUAGCACCUGCAGCUGCACGGCUGUAUGAGUACCUUGACAUAUUCCUUUGCAUAAAAAAAAAAAAAACAUGCAAUAAAGAAUAGUUAUUGCAUGUUUUAUUAUCUAAUCCUCUUUACUAUUAACAAAAUUAUGGAGAAAAAAAAAUCUGCGUCAAAGCAUCUUGUACAUAGCGCAAAAGGCUAAAUCUUAUUGGUCACUCAGUUUACUUUUGUUAAUUUGGCGCUUUUUCUGUGAGCUAAAAAUGAAUGAGCUCUUCCCGUUGUUCUAAGGGAAGAAGGUGCCUGAGCUUUUUACCAUGCAGGGUUCUGACGGGGUCGCUGGACUCUAGAGCCCACAAAAAAAAAGACCUCCUGGAGGGGGGAAAAAACAACUACGAACACUGACCAAAGAGCAACAAGCAAGAAGUAACCAAGCACAAGGCGCUCACCAUGACUGUUCUCACCCUCUUUCCCACUGCAUGCAGCCAGGCAGCCAUUUUGAACGAAAGCGCGCCACGUUGAACGAAAACAAUCAAUGAGCAAUGCGCAUGCUCUGCGUGCUCUUUCGUUCUUGUGUUUUAUUUAUUUGCUAAUUAAAUAAAUAUCAAUGUAUAUAAAUCAAUAAAAUAAUGAUAGCUACUGCAGUGUACGCAGAGCAUUACAAGAGCAAAGAACGGCUCUCAGUGAGGCUCCAGUCCUUUCUUCUUAGUACAGAGAAGUUCAGGAGACUCGGAUCGUUCGUGAAUGUCUCGUCACUAUAUUGCUGACUUUUGGACACCGUGUUGUCCCAUAUAUGCGACACGUUACUUAACACCUCUGCACAAUAAUUAAGCAAUGAGUGACUUUUUUUUUA